AGAGACUUCAAGAAUUUCCUACUUGUAUUUAAUAAGCAUAUCUGCCUCUUAAGCCAUUAACCUCAAACCUUCUUCUUCUUCUUGGUCCACUGAUUACUGUAAUUAAUUAUUAUUUCUGCUAUGGCUUCUUCCUUUGUGUCCCGGCUUAUCCUUUCCUUGAGCUUCUUAGCUCUCUUCUUAGCUGCCUACUCCGUUUACCACAACGCCGCCGUGGGUCAAGGCCCCCGCCGCCCCCUUAUUAAGGCCGCCAUCCCCAGCUGGCUGGGCGACGCAACGACGAUUGAGUCGGCCGCCGACUUGCUGUCCUACUUCGGUCUCGGGAGAUCGUCCGGCAGACUUUCCGACCAAGCGUGCGUGUUCUCCGCCGUGAAGGAAGUCGUGGACGCCGCCAUCAAUAACGAGACUCGGAUGGGCGCCUCCCUCAUCCGCCUCCACUUCCACGAUUGCUUUGUCGAUGGUUGUGACGGUGGAAUCCUCCUGAACGACACGGCCAACUUCACCGGAGAACAAGGUGCGGCCCCAAAUAGUAACUCUGUGAGAGGGUUUGAAGUUAUAGAACUCGCAAAGCGUAAUGCCAAAACCAAAUGCUCCGACACCCCUGUCUCUUGUGCCGAUGUUUUAGCCAUUGCUGCUCGCGAUUCCUUCACCAAGUUCACAGGUCAAACUUAUAACGUGACGAUAGGCGCCAGACGCGACGCAAGGACGGCGAACCUCACCGGAGCCAACACCCAACUUCCGGCGCCGUUCGACAGCCUCCUCGUCCAAACCCAGAAGUUUGCCGAGAAGGGGUUCACCCAGAGGGAGAUGGUUGUUCUGGCAGGAGCGCACACAGUGGGAUUUUCCCGCUGUGCGAUCGUGUGCCAGAACAACAGCAUCAACCCCAACAGAACAGCCACCCUGCCGUGCAACUGCUCUGCCUCCACCCUGACCGGCCUGGUCGGGCUGGACCCGACUCCCGCCGCGUUCGACACCCGGUACUUCCGGCAGUUGGUCAGCGGUCAAGGCCUCCUGUUCUCAGACGCCGAGCUGAUGACAAACAGCACGACCGCCACCGCCGCCAGGAGGUACAGGGAUGCCACCGGCGCUUUCCUCGCCGACUUCGCCGCCGCCAUGGUGAAGAUGAGCACCUUGCCGCCCUCCGCCGGAACUCAGCUUGAAAUCCGUGACGUGUGCAGCCGGGUCAACGGCAACUCUGUUGAGUCUAUGUAGAUGGUUUUAUGCUUUUACCCUUUAUGGUGAGUCAAGUGCUGUAAAAGAGCCGUGUGAGAAUCCCACUUUGAACGUGAGAUUAUUGCUCUUUUUUAGUAAAAAAUAAAUGAAUACUACGUAUUAAAGAUAAUAAUAAUAAGGGCUUUGUUUUUGUGAUGAUUAUAUAUAUGGUGACACAAAGUCACAAGUUUGUUGUAACUAUAUUUGGAGUUGUGAUAAGAACUAGUCGUACUUAAGAAAAAUUUAUUUUGACGAUUUCGCAAAGAUAUUAUCUAUCUAUAGAUAAUAAAGAGUACAAAUAAAGGUUCAACGUCAAA